AUGGGCAAUAGCUUUGAUAAGUUCGGUGGCGGCAGUAACAGCAGCAGCAGCAGUGCAAGACUUCGCGGCUGGAGCCGACGUCGCUGUCAGCCGGUAGCAGCAGAGGCGAGCGUAGCAGCAGCAACAGCAUCAUCAUCAGCGGCUGCAGUGCACCCAGCCGGGGCAGCGCAGUCGGCGUCGGAGCUGCAGAGGGCAGCGGCAGGACGCCGCUGGCUGACGCACGUAAACUCAACGCCGAAUCUGGGCGAGACCGAAACUGACGUCACCGAAUUGCUGGAGCCGCGCUCCUCGUCGUUUUCCCAUCCGGGGCAUUUGAAAGCUUAA